AUGGGAGUUCAUUUGAGUCUUACAUUUCUGGUCGUGUUCUCCCUCGUCGUUUGUGUGAUGUCAAAGUGCUGUUGUUCAGAAGAUGAGAAAACGACUCCAACCCGGCACCAGACGAAAACAACGAAACCCUCGAAGACCCAAUGGAUCACACCGAUACCGUCGGGAUCGAAAGGAAAAUGGGAUAGGAAUGAAUUCUUGGAGGAACACAAUCGCUAUCGUAACAUGAUAUCGACCGGCACGGAAACAAGUCAACCAAGAGCAGCCAAUCUUCCUAAACUGAUUUGGGAUACCGGAUUGGAACGCAAAGCAUACGAGAUGUCUCUCAGAUGUUAUUUCAAGCAUGAAACUACCGGAGAGAAUCUGUAUGUGCACACAAGCAAAGAUGCUGACCCCGUGAAACCGUGGUUUGAUGAACAAUCGGCCUACAGAUACACUCCGAUCAGUUGGUCGAAUUUGCAUGUGCACGGACACUACACUCAAAAAUCCAAUAUGCAGUUUGACCAGUUCAAAAAUGAGGAGUUUUGGGAAGCAGUGGCUGAGUUGUACGUGACGAUGUGA